CGCCAGCCUGCUGCUCUGUCCAGCGCCAACUUAUUUUUCGAGGCUGAGAAGAUUCUUGUCUGCUAAGACAGAACGGUCGUUUCAAGUGUUUGCGAGUGUAGCGCCGCAAGCGAAAUCAAGAACGGGUGUUGCAACGGGCGUGUUUACGGGGACAAGAGCGUUGCAAAGCAAUCGAUUUCUGCCCUGCUAUGCAGUCUGGUGUGGACCACGCCCUUUUCCUUGUCUGCUGCUUAUACUCUCAUUGCUAAUAGCAGUGUCUGCGGGCGACAUUGCCGCUCCAUCUCGACAACUGAACCUCGCCGUCCCUCUGCUGUGCGUGUGACGCAGGGACAUCGAAAAGCCGGAAAACACACGCCUAUCCUAUUCAUCCAGGAUCGCUCCUUCCCUAAGACGAAAUGGCAUAUUUACAACAAAAGCGCGGGCAAGCGCCGGCAUCUCCGUCAGUGCCUGGCAGCCCGCUACGCCAUACAACAAGCGUAUCAACAAACCAUUUACACCACAAGCGCGGACUCAGCGAGGCCACUGGGUCGCCAAAGGCAAAGGGGUUCUGGGAAGCAAAAGAAGCAAAUGUCGCUCCAGUCACACCUGAGCAGUUCCGCACUGCUCUAAGGCCAUUGCAACAGGCUCCGGGCACAUCGCCUGCUCAGCCUUCGCCGCAUUCGCUAUCACACACGCAAUCACACUCUCGUUCCAAGAGUCUGCACGACUCUAGAAUGGAUCCAUUCCACAACAGCACACCCACAUCCGAGUCUGCCUCGCCGAUGCCCACAUCACCACCGCUGAAAUCUCGACCACAUUCGCUCGCAAUCUCACGGUCCGACUCUGUACGAGCCCCUACUCACGACCGCGGCAACCGCAAUUCCGUACAUGUCCACUUCGCCUCGCCGAGUCACAUCGAGAAAUCAGAGCUACAAGGCUUGCAAAGGUCAGCUACGAAACACCUACGAACUCUCUCGAAAUUCGCCCAAAAUGCCGAUGACGACGACUUUUCAAUAAAGUCUCCUGAACAAGAGGUGGUUGGUCUACAUGGCCGCAGGAGGUUACAACGUACCAUGACAACAAAAGACAAGAAGGGCUCGGAAAGCAGCAGCAAGUUUGCAAGCAGUUGGGAAGCCAGCAAAUGGAUGGAUCGCCAACGUCAAUUCUUGCAAGCUUACGAGUACCUGUGUCAUAUCGGUGAAGCAAAGGAGUGGAUCGAAGACAUUAUCCACAAACAAAUUCCCGAGAUUGUUCAGAUGGAAGAGGCUCUCAGGGACGGUGUCACUCUGGCCGAAGUCGUCCAAGCCAUUCAUCCUGAUCGACCAAUUCGCAUCUUCAAGCAUGAACGCCUACAAUUCCGCCACUCCGACAACAUUGCUCUAUUCUUCCGCUUCCUCGCAGAAAUGGAGCUGCCAGAGCUCUUCCGUUUCGAACUGGUCGAUCUGUACGAGAAAAAGAACAUACCCAAGGUCAUUUACUGUAUCCACGCCUUGUCAUGGCUUCUUUUCCGCAAAGGAGUUGUCGACUUCCGCAUUGGCAAUCUUGUUGGUCAAUUGCAAUUCGAAGACCAUGAACUCGAAGCCAUGCAAAAGGGUCUUGACAAAGCUGGCAUUAGUAUGCCCAACUUCUCAGGCAUGGGCGCCAACUUUGGCGAACCAGAGCCGGAGCCGGAACCGGAACCUGUCGAAACCGAGGAAGAGCGUAUUCAAAGAGAGCUCUCUGAACAUGAAGACAUGGUCGAAGACUUGCAAUCUCAGAUACGUGGAGCCAUGGUCAGACUACAACUCGGGGACACUAUGAAUCAGCUUUGGGAUGCCGAAGAAGCCCUUGUCGACCUGCAAUCAAGAAUCCGCGGAGAUUUUGCUCGUCAAAUUUCUGAUUAUCGUAUGGACAUGAAACGAUUUGCUGUUCAGCUUCAGAGCGCUGCUAGAGGCUUCCUCAUUCGUAAGCGUCGCAGUAACCGUGAACAGACCUGGAAAAGCCAAGAGAAGCAAGUCACAACUAUUCAAUCGCUCUUCAGGGCUCGCAAGGCAAGAACGGAAGUGAAGAAGAUACGCUCUCAUAUGCAGAAGCAGGACAUGGGCAUUCGCAAUCUUCAGGCUGCUAUUCGUGGUGCCCUCGGCAGAUGGAAUGUCAGCGAUCAAUACGAGGCUACUCGUGAAGCUGAAGAGCCUGUCCGCUGGCUACAAGCGGCGAUUAGAGGAGCUAUCAAGAGAAAACAGGUCGAGCGCCAGAUUGAGGAGGGACAUGCUUCUGAAGAGCAAGUCAUUUCUCUUCAAGCCGCCAUUCGUGGAGCUCUCCAAAGAAACCAGGUCGAACGUCAACUCGAGGACAGUAAGGCAUCCGAGCAAGAUGUUGUCGCCAUGCAAGCCGCCAUUCGAGGUAUGCUCGAAAGAAAAGGUCACGCCGCGAACGCCGACUUGCUUAGGAAGCAUUCGAGAUCUGUCGCAACACUUCAACACGCCAUGGCAGGUUUCAUUCAACGCAGAAAACUUGAGCAUACACGAGUAUCCCUGGACACAGAAACUCCUGCUUGGCUUGAACUCCAAUCUGCUGCGCGUGGUCAAAAGGCAAGACGUGCAUUUGGGCAACUCAAGUCAGACCUGCAAAAACAAUCACCCUCAAUCACCGCAUUGCAAUCUGCAUACCGUGCAGGUUGUAGCCGUAAGGACGUGAACGCCAUCAGAGAUGCGCUCAGCUACCGUGAGAACUCGAUCUUGGCUUUCCAAAGUUCUGCUCGUGGUCAUAUGUUCCGCAGCAAGCACCAUGCUGAUAUCGCCGCGCUCCAUGCUCUGAAGCCAGCCAUCAAAGAACUCCAGUCUCUCUCAAGAGCCUAUCUUGAACGUCAAAAAGUGUUUGAUGUCCUGUGUCAACUCAAUGAGGAAGAGGAACAGAUUGUCGAGCUCCAAAGUCUUGCGCGCGCUCUUCUUGGCCGCCGCGACAUUGGUGUCCUCCUGGGCGAGCUCGAGGAAGAUGAAGACGCUGUCAUGGAUCUUCAAUCUGCAAUCAGAGGAUCACUUGUCAGGAAAGACUUUGCCGAGAAGCAACGUUUCUACAGGGAGAACAUGGAGAAGGUCAUCAAAGUGCAGAGUUUCAUUCGUGCUCGCCAGCAAGGCCAGGCUUACAAGAGUUUGACAAGUGGAAAGAAUCCUCCUGUCGGUACUGUCAAGAACUUUGUUCAUCUUCUUAACGACAGCGACUUUGACUUCGAUGAAGAACUCGAGUUUGAGAGACUGCGCAAGACUGUUGUCCAGCGAGUACGACAGAACGAAAUGGCCGAGCAAUACAUCGACCAACUUGACAUCAAGAUUGCUCUGCUCGUCAAGAACAAGAUUACCCUGGACGAGGUCGUCAAGCAUCAACGUCACUUUGGUGGUCACGUCGGCAGCCUUCUGAACAAUACCGAGAUUUCCUCCAAAGAUCCUUUCGAUCUCAAAGCCUUGAACAAGAACUCGAGAAGGAAGCUUGAGCACUAUCAGGAGCUGUUUUUCCUUCUGCAGACUCAACCACAAUAUCUUGCGCGUCUCUUCCACAAGCUGAAGGAGCAGGGCAUGCCAGAGCAGGAGGGUAAGAGAGUCGAAUUACUCAUGAUGGGUCUCUUUGGUUUCGCCCAGAAGCGCAGAGAAGAGUACUACCUCUUGAAGCUUGUUACACGUUCUAUUCAAGAAGAAGCAGAACACAGCGGCUCUCUCCAAGAAUAUCUCCGUGGCACUUUCUUCUGGAGCAGACUACUCGCUGCCUAUGUGAGAAGCCCUCGUGAUCGCAAAUACAUGCGCGACCUCUUCGGACCGCUCGUCAGAGAAAGCAUCUUUGAAAACCCGGACUUGGACCUUGAGAGCGACCCGAUGCAGAUUUACCGUGCUUCUAUCAACAACGAAGAGCUUUCUACAGGACAACGCAGUCGCAGAAAUCCCGACAUCUCUCGUGAAGAGGCCAUUCGCGACCCAGAGACUAGAGAAUUCUUCAUUUCACAUUUGCAAGAUCUCCGUGAUAUCUGCGAUCACUUCUUUGUUCUUCUCGAGGAGACUCUACCCCGCAUGCCCUACGGAUUGAGGUUCAUUGCUCAACAGACUUUCAACACAUUGGUCGCCACAUUCCCUGGAGAGAGCCAGCAACAUCUUCUUCAAGUCGUUGGUCAUUGGCUUUGGAAGGCUUACUUGAUCCCUGCAUUGACACAACCUGAGAUGUGGGGUGUAAUUGACAGAGGUCUAAGUCCUCUACACAAGCGCAACCUAGGAGAGGUUGGUAAAGUCUUGGGUCAAGUCUUUGCUGGCAGAUUGUUCGGUGGCGAUCAUAUCUACUUGCAGCCUUUGAACACUUGGGUUGGUGAGGCUAUUGAAAGAAUGGAGGAGCUACUCACAUCUCUGAUCGACAUUCGCGACCCCGAGCAGCAGUUCGACAUUGACGAGUUCAACGACCUCUUCGCUCGUGUCAAGCCAACUCUUUACAUUAAGAUGGCAGAUAUCUUCGCCAUUCAUCAUCUUGUGACAAACGAAUUGUCGCAUCUUUCCGACGCUGACGAUGUUCUUCGUGAGAUCAUUCGCGAACUCGGCAGUGCCCAGAGCAACGAGAACGAGAUGAUGAGUGUAGGCUCAAAUGAAAUCAGCCUGCAAUUGACGCCCAAGUUCCACGACAAGCAAGAUCCAGAAGCUGAUCUCAAGCAACUCUUCAUGGAAACCAAGCGUCUGGUCCUGUUCAUCAUCAGAAUCCAAGCUGGUGCUAAUCUGCUUGACAUCCUCGUCCGUCCCAUCACACCGGAAGACGACGACAAGUGGUUCUCGUUGUUGGAUGAAGAAGCUAUGCAUCAAAAGCGCAACCCGAGGGCACCUUCAGCAUACUCUGGAAUGAUGGAAGAUGAGCCAACAUCAACGCUUCUGGAUAUCACUUCAAUGUCAUAUGCUGAGGUCAAGAGUGCAGCUCUCGAGAAUAUCCUUCUUCUUGAGCAACAUGGAAAGGUCAACAGACACAACCAGUACCAAGAUCUGCUCAACGCCAUUGCUAUAGACAUCAGAACAAAGCAUCGUCGUCGUGUACAAAGAACUAGAGAGUUGGAAGGUGUUCGUGCUACACUUACACAACUUGACUCGAAGGCAUCCUACUUGGACGAGCAAUUGCAGAGUUACAACGACUACAUUGAACAAGCCAUGAUCACGCUGCAAAACAAGAAGGGCAAGAAAAGAUUUUUGUUACCUUUCACGAAGCAAUACAAUCACGAGCGUGAACUGGCUCGUUCUGGUCGUACACCCAAGUUCGGCUCCUACAAGUACUCCGCGCGUUCUCUUGCCGAGAAGGGUGUGCUUGUGAGCUGGGACGGCUACGACGCAACUCAAUGGAACCGCAUCAACGUCACUCUCUCCUCAGAUGAAGUCGGUGUCUUCCACAUUGAGGGUAGCAUGGGUAGUCUGAUGAUCCCUGGAGCGAGCGCUUCCGUGCCUCUUGACGAUCUCCUUCAAGCACAAUUCGACAACCAUCAAUUCAUGAACCUGUUCCGCGGUACUGGCGGUGAAGGUGGUCUGAAAUUGAACGUCAACCUCUUCUUGCAUUUGGUCUUCAAGAAGUUCUACAGAGAAGAGUAGAGGAUGGGUCAAAUCCUCCUUGAAGACCACUAUAACGUCGAUAUGACUACUUUCGUGUUUCCUUGUCUCAUUUAUCUUACUCCUUUUCUUUUACUCUCAAAGACGUCUGGUCUUCCUCUUCUGUUUAUAUAAUACGACCUCCCUCUGGAAUCCUCAUGGCAUACACGAAAAAGGGUGAAUUGAGACGAAUUUAGGACUUCCCUAUAUGGCGUUUUCUUUCGGUGUGUUUGAGAAGAGUCAAGGUCGAGUUUUUUGCAAUGGCGGGAAGGCUGUUGAGUAUAGAAUACCCCUCUUGAUGUUAAUGUUACAUUUCUGAUAUUUCC